GGGGCUGCUGGGCUUAAAAAGCUGGAACCCACCUGGGCUGGAUGCAGCCCCAGGAGCCUCCUCAGGCCAGCUCUCUGCACUCAGCUCUCAGCCUAGGCCUGCUGCUGUGUCAUGGAGGGAGUGGUCCGGGGCCUUCUCCUCCUGCUGGCAGGCCUGCCCGUCCUGGAAGCCAAUGACCUGGUUGAUAAAGACAGUCCCUUCUACUAUGGACCGGCUCCUUGCUGCCCGACAACCCCCCAAGCAGACUGGGAAGGCCUGCAGCUGGGCGGGGUGAUCUGUGCAGCGCUCCUGUGCAUCGCUGGAAUCUUGUUCGCCCUGAGUGAGCAGCUCUUUGCACUGGCCGUCUCUUCCUUCACAGGGGGCAAAUGCAAAUGCAAGCAAGAUCAUAAGCACAGCUCCUUACCCGAGAAAGCCAUUCCACUCAUCACUCCAGGCUCUGCCAAUACCUGCUGAGCACAGGACCGGCUUCACGGCACUUCCUGCACCAGCUCCCAUCAUACUGUCACCUCCCCCUUGGGGGACUUUACCCUUCAUGAUGGCCUUUCUCUCCGAGGGUGGGCCCUUAGGCUCCCUUAUGCUCGGGAGGCUGUCCAGAGCUUAUUUCUAAAUUAAACUUCUCUCCUCCCUC